AUGGCAUUCCGCCAGCCCACCUUCCACGCCCCUCAACGCGUAUAUACCGCUCCCCCAGCAGAACCACAGCAGACCACCCAACCCCAACCGUCCCUCCAAACCCAACAGCACCACAACAUCGCCGACUCGCAAGAAUGGAUCCUCUUCUCCCCCUCCGCAGCAUCGACCACCGACCGGGGGUACACGACCUCGACGACGGCACGAACGCGCACAGCGGGCCGCUCGCGGAUAAGUGAUUUCGGGAGUCUAGACACCGCGGCGAGGAGUUAUGAUUACGAGGAGGGAUCGGAGGAGGCUAUUGACGAGGAGGAGGAGGAUGGCGAGCUGGAUAGUCUGGAUAGCCACUUGCACGAGUUCAGGGCGGAGCCCAGCGUGUAUAGGGAGAGUGGUGAGGCGAGCGGGACGGUCCUACCGACUCAUGAUGGGUUGGGGAGUUUCCGAAUCGAUCAGACGGCUAUGGGGGAGGAUGUUCAGGAACAUCUAUAUGCGUUUGAGCGGUACAACCCAAGGCGGGUGAAGCGACGGAGAGAAAGUCUUGAGAUAGGGAUAUUAGAGGAAGGGGAACGUGCUGCAGAGGCGGAGAGGACGAGGAGGAUUGAGAUGUGGAGGAUGGAGCAGAGUAGGUUGCUGGUGGAUGAGAUUCAGAAGGAGACGAGGAGGAGGAAGCAGAGUAUGAGUAGUGAGCGACGGGCUGUUGUUGAGGAUAAAGACGAGGAUGCUGCAACGUUCAGUCUGGUGGGUGAGCAGGCGCCGGAUGAGGAAAGCGAUAGUUUCUGGAAUCGGAUCACGAGAAGGGUUAUACGCGAUCUGAUGGGUAUCGAUGACGAUCUACUGGCUAUCAUAUUCGGGGAAUCAUUACCUGGAGAGGACGACCUAUCAACCACACCACCAGCUUCGCAGAGUAUAAUCCAUUCGAAGAAGUACGAUGAAUCCUCCUGGGAGCAUCGAUUACUGGAACGAGUAGCCCAGGAGUUGGGGAUACUAGUCAGCCAGCUAUCAGACCACCCAGAGGCCUUCUCCACCUACCUCCACUCCCAACAAACACCUCUUCCAUACGCCGGCCUCCCAGUCAUCCCAGAAACUCGCGACCACCCCAUCGAAGCAUCCACCCUCGCAUCCCCCGAAUUCCACCCCACCAUCCAAACACCAGCCAUCCCCAUCCCGAGCACCUCCCUCGCAGCGGGGGCCGGCGCCACUAAUAACCAUCCCCCACAACAAGACGAAGACGCCACCCCACGAGCAGACAACCCCCUCCAGCCCGCAGCGCUCACCCGCGAAGAAUGGGAACGAGAUCUAGACAUCAAGAUGGUAUUCCGCUAUCUGCGGUCGAGAUUCACUUCGAAAUUCAAGACGCAAUCUCCUCUAUCUGGUGGGAUGGGCGAUUUCUCCACGGGGGGCACAUCACACCUUGCUACGGCGAGUACGGCCGAUACCGCUGCUCGGGCUGCUCGAGUCAGGCAGCAUCAUCCGCUUGUUACUAGGCAGACUUCUUCUUCUACAACGGGAGGGGAGCGGAGACGUAGUAUUGAGAGGAGGACUUGGCGGGCUAGUGUGCCUGGUGGUGGUGGUGGUGGUGGUAGUCCCGCCAGUGUUGGGGUAGGAGUAGGUGUUGGUGUUGGCGUUGGGAUGGGUAUCAGACGGGGAAGCAGCAGUUGUGCGAGCGAGAGGUUGAGCGUUACUGGACGUGUGAGGAAUAGUGGGAGUAGCAGGCAUUAUUGGGAUUUCGGCGGCCAGAAUAGUGUGGGGAGUGGGAGCUUGAUUGCUAGUACGGGGGGUAUGGGGAGUUGGGGGGAGGUUUAG